UCCCUCAGAGCUGCAGGGAAAGGGAAAGGAGGAGAGAAAACAGUGAUCAAAAAGAUUGAUAAGGAAGGGCUGGAAAGAAGAAUAUGCCGUGGAGCUAGGUAGCGGACCAGCUACACUGCUAUAUUGAUGAACAACGGAGCGAGGAAAUUGGACUGAUGGAAGGAGAAGAGAGAUAGGGGGAUAGAUAAGAGGAGAGGGGUAUGGUGGGUGAGAGAGAGAAACAGAGGAGGGGUCACAUUAGAGACAGAAAAAUAGAGCUGGAUGUGCCUGAAUGAAGGGGAGAUCAAAGGAGGGAAUGCAGUGCUCUGAUACCAAGUUAUGCUGCAGGUCAGAGAUGAUUUUAUAGACUUAGGCGGGUAAGAAUCCAAGACUGACUUCAGUUUCCUGCUGCCAAUGAGCUGGUAAGGGGCUACCCUUGCUCCCUCUCCUGAAUCUACUUAGGCCACAAGAGAUAUCCUUGGCCAACACCAGAAACCAGAUUAGCAUUGGGUCAGCUGAGGAGGACCAUGUCAGAAGGGGAGCGGCCUACAAGUGGCCUGAGCCAAGCCAGCAGCACAGUCACCAUCUCUUCUGUCUCCAUGGGAACAAAGCCUCACUCAGCCCGGCCUGUCCGGAAGGUGCACGCUUUUGGAAAGAGGGCAAACUCCAUCAAGAGAGACCUCAAUUCGCCUGUCCUCAUGCGUGGCUGGCUUUAUAAACAGGACAGCUCCGGUCUUAAGUUCUGGAAACGGCGUUGGUUUGUUCUUUCUAAUUACUGCCUCUUCUAUUACCGAGACAGCCGUGAAGAGAUGGUUUUGGGCAGCAUCCUUCUCCCCAGCUAUGAAAUUCGGACAGCUUUCUUCAACGAGAAGAAGAACCGGCGCUUUGUAUUCAAGGCUGAACAUCCUGGCAUGAGAACCUAUUAUUUCAGUGCGGAAACCCAGUUGGACAUGAAUAGCUGGAUCAGAGCCAUGAACCAAUCGGCCGCUGCUGAGUGCGACUACGGAAGCUACAACCGGGGUCUCCACAGUCAGUCCGUGUCCACCCACACCAGCUUUGAGGAUGUCACACUCACGCAAGAGGACUAUGCCAAAAGUGCUGAAUCCCUGGAAAUUGCCCGUCUCUCGGAGAUGCGGGAGGGCGAGGCCUCUUCAUCUGAGAGCCUUCAUGCACAGGACAGUCAGAAGGGAUCUCCAUGCCUCAGGAGGUCCAGCUCACUCAAUGGUGAAUACAGUCACAAAAGGGAAGACCAACCAGAUUUAAGCUCCCUGUCUUCCCAGACACAUGGAAGCCCCUCUCCUCUCAUCCACACAAAGCUCUCCUCCCGGCCACGGUCCCCGCCCCCUCCUCCCUCUGAGAGCCCAUCAACCUCCCCAUCUCGGACCCCUCAGCCUUCUCCUCUGCUUUCCAUUCGCUCCUCUCGUUCCUACUCCCUCCCCUUGACCCCAGCUGAAUCUCCUCAGAUACCGGACGCCCAUCAGUCGCCUACCCGUGUCCGCCGGAAACCCCCACGAACCACCGCUACACAGGCUGCCUCCUGUGAGGAUUUGUCUGCUGUGGUUUCUCUGAGGACCCUUGCACGUCCCAACACUCCCAUGGGGCGGGUAGACAUUGCCCCCAGUGAGGGCCCUCCCAACAACCCCUAUGCCACACUGUCACCCACCACCAGGGGGCGCACCCUGACACCCGCCGACCGGUAUGACGUGUUCCCCUCCUCUGAAGACCCCUAUGGCAGGCGCUACGCUCGUAGUCCUCAUCCCAGCAGAGCCCGACCUGUGGGCGAGGAAAGCCUAACGCCCUCGCUGGGGAGGCACCAGCAGCACAACAGGUUUGCAGACCGAGGUUAUCUCUCCCCGUCAACUGGGCCAUCCCGCGCAUUGGUCAUGUCUCGGCUUCAUAGCCGACUGAUCACCCCCCACUCAGCCUCAUCCAGCUACCUCCACCUACCGCCCCUGCCCCCCCUGCCUAACCGGCCCACCCCUGGGAAAAGGACAUCUUUAGGGAUGACGUGCCGGAAUCCUGUGCGGGAGAGAAGCGUCCAUUGUGCUGGUGGGCAGAGGUUUGAAAGUGAUACUGAUGCACUCUUGACAAAACUGUGUGGCCAAGACAAACUGCUUCGUGGUCUGGAAGAGGAGACAGGACAGCUCCGGGUUGAAAAGGAGAGGAUUGAAAAGGCUUUGGAGGUGACGCGUCUGAAGUUGGAGGAGUUUAAAGGCCAAGAUGCCACAAUGGAGAAAAUCUGUUACCAGCAAAGACAGUUGCAAGAUGAACUGGUGCAAAUCCGAGCUCGCCUCUGUGAUCUGGUGCUGGACAGUGAAAGAGCGUGGGAGGAUUAUACGGCCUUGGAAAAUGACUUGCAGAUGCUGAAGGGCUCCUUAGAGCACAUCCGGAGUGUAGGGCACCCCCAGGACCAAGUGGCUGCUCAGCAAGAUCUGUGGAGGAUCCACGACAUCCUGGCAGGACUGAAAUCCAGCCUGGCUAACUGCCACACCCUGGAAAGCAGAAGAUCAGGCGUGUCUCCAGCUACCACCCCAACCCUGGAUUCUCACCUGGGGCCGAACCAUAGUCUCCAGCCAUCUUGUCCUGGAGUGCAGAAGGAAUUUGAAUCUGCUCCUCCUCCUUCAAAAUCCACUCUGUCCUUCCACGGAUCCACAAGCAGCCAUGCACCAACCACUGGGGAACCAGGCAGGACUGUGGGUCAGUUGGAAAGCAGGCAGCCGGACAGCAGCCCCCAUGCAGGGAGUCAGCCUCAGAGUCCACCUGCUUCCAGCAGAGGGCAACAGGGGGCAUCACGGCACUCAGAUGGGAUCAGGCGGCUUCAGAGCAAUUCCUCCAAGGAGUCCCCAGAGUUUGAGAAAGUGAACCCUGUGAGGGGAACAGAUGUGAUUGGUCUGGAUCAUGGAAGCCACAUCAGUGUACUCUGUGAGGAUGCUGAUCACAGCAUAGUCAAGGUGGUUCCCUCUGAAACAGUCACCCCCCGCCGUUCCCGCAUGAGCGCUCAAGAGCAACUGGAUCGGAUGCAGCGGAACCAGGAGGCCAAAAGAAAAUUGGACGCUGCCCAGCCCAACCCUCUGGGCCGCUGGCGAGACUCUCUCAAGCGUGGGUCUAGCCGGCCCCUCCCCAAUACCCCCCCUGAGUCAUCACCCAAGGAGGGCGUGCAAACUGGGGGACCCAAGCCUCCUCGAUGCCCCCCGUCCCCUGAGUGGGAGCGACAGCGAGUCAUCCAGCUCUCCUACGCCCUUGCGGCAGAGGCUUCACAGCGGGGGAAACACAUUGCAGGAAGGACCAGCUCUUGCUCCUCCCUAAAUGAUAUCCCCAUGUCACAUGAUAGUCUGAACCAUUGUGGCCUUUCCAGUGACAGCGCUCCCCAAGGCCCAGAGUCCAGCGGUACUAUGGUAUCUAAGCAUGACCAAACAGCUGCUCGAAACUCAAGCUGUAGCGAUAACUCCAGAACAGCAAAUCAGGGGCCAUCUUCACCCCAAGCAGCCAUUCGAGUGUUGUGUGCAUCAGAAGCUUCCGAUUGGUCGCUGCCUCUCCCUGAAGAGGCCAGCCGGUUGUCCUCAAAGCCCAAGACUCCACAGUCGGCAUUGUACCUGCUGGAACCAACCAAUGAAGAGCUGCCUCUGGUCAAUGGUCCUCACCAAGCUGCACCUUUGCCUCAGUCAGCCAGUCAGCGCUUGUCUAUCUCUAGAACAGCCAGUUGGGCAUCUGAGCAAAGCCUUGUGGGCAGGCAGGGCCUAGCCAAUGGUAGGUGCCUCAGGUGGAGAGGUGAGAACACGUCCCAUCAGGUGGUGACAUACCUUGGCGAGACUGCACAGCCUGUUAGGGUCACAAUGGUGAAAUCCAGUUUUUAAGUGGGAAGAGGACUGGGAUUGAGAGACAGAGAGGCCCUGCUGCCUGAUGGUAUCUUUUUCUGUCCGAAAGGAACAGGGUGAAAGGAUAAGUAAAGGCCCCUAGAGUUGGCAGGCUCGGAGUGGCAGUUUCCAUAGAAAUGUAGGAAGCUGCCUUAUACUGAGUCAGACCAUUGGUCCAUCUGGCUCAGCAUUGUGUACAUUGGCAGAAGCUCUCCCAGGUUUUCCAGCCCUACCUAGAGAUGCUGCGGACUGAACCCGGGACUUUCUGCCUGUAAAGCAGAUGCUCUACCACUGAGUUACGGCCUUCUCACCCCUUUUUGUACCUCUCCAACCCUAGAAAGCAUCAUUUUAAAAAAGCCCUUGUCAAAAAUCCCAGGGGUCUGGUGACAAUCAGAAACACAACCAUCCCCAUUCAAGCACAUGUGCACGCACCCAUUUUAUAGUUGGACAUGUUUUGCACACGCCUUUAUGCACAAGGACACAACCCUUGUGAGUAUGCACUAUCCCAUCACUGUUGUGCUAACUUCAACACACAAGUUUAGGAGUGUGAUUUGCUAGGCAAAGUGCUUUGCCUUUGCACUCCUAACAACCGUUGCAGAGGACAGGAUAGGAGGGGGACUUACAGUGGCAGCAUAACUGGUUGAAGGGCUGUGCUGAGAUAUGGGAAUCUCAAAUUCAAAUCCCCAGGAAGCGCAGUGGCUGGCCUUGGGCAGAGCACUCCAUUGCUCCCUAUUUGCUAGGAAGAGAAAACCAAGCCUAUGGUCAAGCUACCUGGCCAAAAUUCUACAAUGAGUCUGUGGCAGAGAUGCUACUCUUAACGCUGUGGACCAACUUUCCCUAUUCCGUGGAUCAUAGGCUGUUGAUUGGGUCAGAUAAUUUUAAAAAUGGCUGUGUAUGUGCUCAGAAAGCGGUGGGCUUUUGCACCAGCAAUUAUUCUCCCCCUCCAAAAAAAUAGGGGGCGCUACUUCUGCUUCUAGGUGACUCAGAACUAGCUGGAGUUGUAGAAAGAGGGGGAAGAGAAGAAAAACUCCAAGGAAGGUGUCUAUUGUUGGAAUGGGGCUGUACACACAGCUGGGGGUAGGAAGAAAGGGAAAGCAGUCAUCACGGAGGGAGGAUGGCCAGCCAGUGGCUGUAAUGAGAGCCAGCAAGGAACACUUUCCCAAGCAAAUACAGGGGAUGAAGUUAGUGCAUGAAGGUUAGUGCCUGUUCAAAGGAGGCACUCACUUUUAUGCCAUUGCAACCUGGACUUGGCACCCUGAACAGGACAGGUUUUGAGUGUGGCUGGGUGGACUCUACAAGUUAUGAGUGGGCACAUCCUGGAACAAAACUGCUUUCUGCGGGCAUAUGCUUGUGAAUAUGCACAGAGCCCAGCAGCUCAAAAAGAGAAGGAAGUAGGUGGCAGAAAAGAGGAUCAGAUGUGGAGAUGGGGGAGGGGAAUAUGUGCAAAGGAAAAGGAGUUGUGUCAGAGGAGAAAUUAUGGGGAGAGGCCUACUGGAGAAGCUGUAAGUGGAAGAAGAGUGGGAGAUGCGGUGAUGAUGGCAAGGGUGAUGGGGAGUUUUCUCCCUCCUUCGGUUGAUGAGACACAGGAGCCCAGUUAAGGUACCCACAUACAUAGGAUGCUCCUUGGUGGAUUAAUUGGAGAAUCAUAGCCCAGAUCUGGGGUAGGGGUGCCACUCUGUCAAGAUGUUGUAGCCCCAGCCCUAGCCCUGCUGCCACAACUCUGGUGCUACUGAGAAAUGCAGUCUCCUUCCCAUUAGGUUCCUGGGUGGGACUUUGGUGUGUGACUUAGCAAACAGCACUCAAAAAUCGGGACUGGGAAAGUGAAAUGAAAAAAACAUCCUGAUCGUGGACCAAGAAGUGCCAGAGCGAUGCAGUUUGUAUGAGGGGCCCCUGCAGAAACAGCAGCCAGCACAAGAUGAGGAUUUCCUGUAUUGAGACUUGCUUCUUACUCAAGGAGGAGUCAGCAGCAACCUCCCUUUGCAUUUUAACACUAACAACUACCAGCUCCCCGUGUGUGAACAAUUCCAGUUUGUAUACUCAAUAAAAGAUUUAAC